UGCAGGAGGCGGGACCAGGUGGAACCAGGACGGGAAAUCAGGAGCUAGACGCGGUGUCAGUGUGUACUGAGGGAAAUCAGCACAGGUAUAAUGGGACUGGUAUUAUGGACGCAGUGCUGAUUAUAUUCACACACUCUUACACUUAUUUAUUAAAGUCAGCGAGCAGGUUUAAGCAGCAGAAAUGGAUGAUGGACGCAAGAGAAAGCUGACAUUUAUUACAAUCGGACUGAUUUUCCUGCUGAGUGGAGUGGAAUAUGCUGUGAUUUUACCUACGAUCUGGCGUUUCCUGCAGACGCUGGACGCCGCUCCAUAUUUUCUGGGUCUCAGUCUGUCAGCGUUCAGCCUUAGUGGCCUGCUCUCAGGGCCGUUAUUCGGCCUCUGGUCCGACAGGACACAUGGCACCAAGAAGAUCAUCCUGUUCGCCAACUGCUUUGAAAUCAUUGGUAAUUUUAUGUAUUUUACAGGAUUUUCCAAGUGGCUGCUACUGAGCAGUCGUUUUGUUGCAGGAAUCGGGACAGGAGCUGGUUCGUCUAUAUUUGGUUUCUUGACGAGAAUCACGGCCCCUGAAGAUCGGUCCACUGUCUUCGCUGCUGUCAUGGCUUGCAGACAAGCUGGCCUUCUGAUUGGUCCUGUGUUCAACAUUUUCCUCAGACUGUGUGACUUCCAGCUUGGACCGUUCGUGGUGAAUAAAUACACCGCUCCCGGGAUCUUCAUGUGUCUACUGUGGCUGCUGCUUCAGCUGAUUGUGUUGCUGAUGUACUGGGAUCUCAGAGGAAGGAACGAGGGAUCAGAAGAAGAGAAGCCAGAAGAAGAAGAGAGGCUGUUGGUUCGAUCCAAUGACCUCUCUGAGUCAUAUGGAACACUCCACAACUCACCUGUAAUGGACCAGACCAUCGCUAAUGGCAACUUGACUCCGCCCUCGCCACCUUUUGAACAGAUCCACUCCAACCCUUUCAGACACUUCAGUGCUGCACGAGAGUUUCUGAGAGAGGAGGUGGUGGUUCUGCUCACGGCUCAAUUCAUCACACUGUUCAACCAGACAGCACUGGAGACGAUGGUGACUCCGCUGACGCAGCAGUACUUUAAUUUCGGUGAGUUGGAGAACAGUGUGAUGUACUGUAUGUGUGGAGUGGAGGUGAUUGCUGGCUUCGUCUUUGUUCGCUGGAUCAGCAGGAGGGUGGAGGAGAGGGUGGUGCUGUCCAUCGGCCUCUUCCUCGCCAACAUUUCCUGUGUCUGGUGUCUCAUCUUCCUCGCUAACCCUCAGGGUGGGUUCUCGUGGCAGUUAGCAGAGUUCAUCGUCGGUGUGUUCCUGCAGGUUCUGGGUCUGCCCUUUAUCGCCGUCGCUCAGGUGUCUCUCUUCUCCAAAGUGACUGCUGAGAAAACACAGGGUUUCAGUCAGGGAAUUCGGCGCUCUGUUGGAGGUUUGGCAACUAUUCUGGGUCCGUUAUGGGCUGGAACUUUGACCUUUAACCUUUAUGUGAUGCUGGGAGUGAUGGUGGGCUUACUGGCACUGCUUACUAUUAUGGUGGCCGUCUCAUACAAGAGGCUGGUCGAGCGCACGACAGUGGAGCACACUCAGGAAUGAGACACGACCCACAUGGGUAUGACUAGCUAUAUACAGUAUAUCAGAAACAUUGAUUAAAUGCACUUUAGUUGGUUUCAUCAUAUCAAAGUCAGAGUGUACAAAUUUUUGCACUUCCCUGUACAUAGCUUAAUUAAAUAUAAACACAAUCCUCCAUUUCAUACCUGGAUUUUUUUAUUUGCAAAGUCUGUAAAUGAUGAUGUCAUUUUGUCAUUUCUGGAGGUGAAAACCGUAAAAGACAGUCGCCUGGAUUAUAAAUACUAAAAAAACACAUACGUCUAUGUGACUCUGUCCUUAGUGUGUGUAUGUGUUUUAUGCCAAAAAUAAUGUUUGAUUUAAAAUGAAGAAUUUCUGACUACAGCAGCUUGGUAUGACAAUGAAAUGAAAUGAUUAAUUAUAGUGGUAUCACAUUACGACUUUAAAGCACAGAGGACGAAAAAGCAAACGGGAAAUUCAGAUACAUUUCAGUCUGUCUCUGUGUUAAAUAAGUCAUUAUUAAAUGAAAUAACUCUGAUUCAGACUUUCACACUCAACUGCAUUCACAAUACAUACAAUUCAAAGUGAAAAGAAAUGUAAUGUGUUGAAAUUCAGUUUUCUUUAAAUGUUUAGAGCAGAUUUCAUGCUGUAUGGGAUAAGACAUUUAUUAGGAUUUUAUUAUCUAUACCACACAAUACAUAGUAUUAUUUAUUGUUAAUUGUUAUACAUUUCUGUAUUUUAUGUAUAUAUUUGUUUAUAACAUUUUUUAUUUUUUUAUGUGUAUUAACCAUAUACUGCAUUGUGGUGUUUUUUGUUUGUUUGUUUGUUUGUUUGAGGUAGGUAUUUUUGUAUUUUGUGUUUUUUUCUGUUUGUUUUUUUUUAUAAUUUUUUUGGGUUUAAGUGCAGUACAGCACAGUGUUGAUAAAUGACAAAACUAUUUCAAAUGUUCAUAUUUUGAUUAUCGUCACAUAACUAACUUCUAGUCAUAUUUUAAUACCACAGAUUGUGGUUUUGAUUUUAGUUGUAGUUUUAUUCAUUUGAUUCAUUAUUUGUCCUCAGGAUGGUGUUUAAGGAAUGAAGUUAAACACACACUGUUUGUAAAGCGAGUGUGUAUUUCCUGUACAGAAUGCAGUAGAGGAGACAUGGAAUGAACGAGGUGUACUCUAUGCAGUGACCAUAAUAUUUAUUAUUGAUAUCAUUUAAAAGCUAAACUGAAAUCCAAAGCAAUAAUUGUAUAGGAUCCUUUUUCAUGUGAUGAACACAAACAGCACACACUCUUACAUUCACAAUGUCUAGGUUUAUUAUUUAAAGACUUUUGCAAAUCUGUAAUAACACAAUUUUAUAAACUUGCCCAGUUCAUACUUCACAAGCUGUUUUUAUUGGUUAUGGUUAGCUCCACCCCUUCAACUCUCUGGAGCUGUCCCUUCACCCCGCCCCUUUAGUUUUCUGAAGAUGACCACUUGGCCCAGCCCCUAAUGCUCUUCAGCCAUCCACCUGGCCCCUCCCCAUCAUCCCACCUGGCCUCACCCUCUCUCGAGACAUCCACCUUUCCCUGUCCCCUGUUAGCUCUCUUCAGCCAUCUACAUGGCUUUGCACUCUUAGUUCUCUGAAGGCAUUCACCUACCACCACCCUUAAUCCCUCUGGCUCCUCCCACCUGGCCCCACCCCCUCAGAUCUCUGAAUCCAUCCACCUGGCCCCACCCUCCUAGCUCUCUGAAUCCAUCCACCUGGCCCCGCCCUCUUGGCUCUCUGAAUCCAUCCACCUGGCCCCGCCCUUUUGGCUCUCUGAAUCCAUCCACCUGGCCCCGCCCUCUUGGCUCUCUGAAUCCAUCCACCUGGCCCCGCCCUCUUGGCUCUCUGUAUCCAUCCACCUGGCCCCGCCCUCUUGGCUCUCUGAAUCCAUCCACCUGGCCCCGCCCUCUUAGCUUUCUGAAUCCAUCCAUCUGGCCCCGCCCUCUUAGCUUUCUGAAUCCAUCCAUCUGGCCCCGCCCUCUUAGCUCCCUGGAGACAAACUGUUGUCCAGUUCUCUUAGCACUUUGACCAUCUCUUGGCCUUAGCUCUUUGGAGCCAUUCACCUGGCCCCGCCCUCUCUUCUCUCUGUAGUUGAUCUGUAAAUGAUUAUUUAUAAUCACAACAUGAAUAUUUAAAGAAGUAAACAAGGACUUCUAGCUGUAUGAUAAGCGACUUGUGAGACUUGGUCACAAUCAUGGUUGAAUUUAUUUAUUUAUUUUUACAAAUCUGUUUAAGGAUUACUGAUUAUGACUUACAUUCUCAUUGUUGUAUUUACACGUUAUUGCACUGUGUAGAAUUAGCAUAUAUAUUUAUAUAAUUCAUAAAUGACUAAAAUACACUAAAACAAUGUACAAAAGCAAGACAUUUGGGACAGAAGGACUUAUUUUCAGUGAAGUCAACCUAACCUAACAAGUAAAAACUCAUCUACAUUUUAGUAGCUUUAGAACAAACGAUUUAAACAUAUAAAUGUAAAUAUGUAAAUAUAUUUCAUCUCAUAUAGCUUCUGUCCCAAACAUAUUGCUUUUCUAUACACUAACUACAUGCGAUGGGAAAGUGUGUGAUUGACACUGGAUCUCAUCUUAAUACGGACAAUACUGAAAUACUGAAAUUUAUUAUUAAAAUAUGAUCUGUCAAACACCACGUUUUCUCUUGUUUAUAAAGAAAACUGAGUUUCGGAUGACAGUAGAUAAUGUAGUGCUCUGUGUAGUGUUAUUAAUGAGAGCUUAACAGUUCUAGCGUCUGAGAGAGCGAGCGCUCGCAUCGUACAUGAAAAGCACAGCCCUCAGAUCCACAUCCAGAGAUUUGUUUCAUUUCAGAAAUCACCCAAGCAUUAAAAUAACAGCAGAUGUUACUGUUUCAUUUCAUUUUUAUUUGUUUGUGGUUUUGCCCCAUUCAUCUUAAAGUAGUCAUCACUCAGCAAAAAACCCCAAUAACAAAGUAA